CGAAUUGUUAACAUAACUCGAUGUGAACAUACCAUUACCUUUCUUUUAUAUUAUCAUACACAUUAUACGGAAUAGCACGUAUGCAUACGCCGACGCAGCCGUCAAGUAUAUAAGUAGUCGCGACAGGUCUAUGGUGAAGUGCAUUUGAUAUUCACAAUAGAAAGAAAGUUUAAUUACGAUUAUUCGAGUGUUUAAAGGGUAGCGAGAGAUCCGUAUUUCCGUGCGUGCAACUUGAAAAAUAACGAAAUUGCACAAAUGGUGCGAUCGCAGCAGAACACAUAUGCUACAUUGUUAAAAUCUUGCAGAAAGGUCUCCUAAGAGAGGAGUGCCUUCGAUAAGAGGUUCUUCUUCUAGUAGUUAGGCAUUGAGAAUUUUCAAAAUGACAGAUAAUCGAGGGAAUUUCUCAAUUCCAACGAAUCAAAGUUCCACCAGAUCAUUUAAUUCUCUACGUCUAGAGUUUGGACCUAUCAACGAUGUUCAGAAUGACAUGUCAGACAAGCGAAGGCAAUUGAAAACUAGUUUUCAAUCACAAGGAAGUGAUAUGUCAUUUAUUAAUUCAACAAACUCUUCCAUUUCCAAUUCAACUGGAGCUACAGCUUGUCCACCAAUAUCUUUUCGUCCAAGUUUGCCUUUAUCUUUGCCAAAACUACCACUGAGACCACGUGCUACAGUUUCACAAGACCUCCCUGAUAAAGCAAGGGAUAAACUACGAAUGUGUCAGUCCAUGCAAAGUACUGGAAAAUUGCAGUUAUCUCCAAAUGUGGUAUAUGAUUUUACUAGCGAAGAUCUUCAAGAUCUAGGAGAAAUAGGACGAGGAGGAUUUGGCACUGUAAAUAAGAUGAUUCAUAGAAUAAGUGAUACUGUUAUGGCUGUGAAGAGAAUUCGUUCUACAGUGGAUCAAAGAGAACAAAAGCAACUACUAAUGGACUUAGAAGUUGUAAUGAAAUCUAAUGAGUGCCCAUGCAUUGUGCAGUUUUAUGGAGCUUUAUUCAAAGAGGGCGAUUGUUGGAUUUGCAUGGAACUUAUGGACACCUCAUUGGAUAUAUUUUAUAAGUUUAUUCACGAGGUAUUAAAGGAAAGAAUACCAGAACGUAUUUUAGGAAAAAUUACUGUUGCUACAGUAAAAGCAUUGAAUUACCUUAAGGAAAAGCUAAGAAUAAUUCAUAGGGAUGUAAAACCUAGCAAUAUCCUGUUAGAUCGACAUGGUAAUAUAAAACUUUGCGAUUUUGGUAUAUCAGGACAAUUAGUAGAUUCUAUUGCGCGCACACGAGACGCUGGAUGCAGACCAUACAUGGCUCCAGAAAGGAUAGACCCUCAGCGUGCAAGAGGUUAUGAUGUUAGAAGCGAUGUGUGGUCAUUAGGGAUUACAUUGAUGGAAAUAGCUACAGGUUAUUUUCCAUAUCCAAAAUGGAAUUCAGUGUUCGAACAGCUUUAUCAAGUGGUUCAAGGUGACCCGCCGCGAUUAUCUCCAAACGAAAAUGGAAACCAUUUUACUAUGGAUUUCGUAAACUUUGUGAAUACAUGUUUAAUUAAAGAGGAGACGCAACGACCGAAAUACAACAAAUUAUUAGAACACAAUUUUAUCAGAAAAGCGGAAGAAGACACAGUCGAUGUUGCAGCGUAUAUAUGCGGCGUACUCGACAACAUGGCUCUCAGGGGAAUGACGCCUUUUACAACUAAUCGGCAUUAAGUCAAAAAAUAUUUAAAAAACCCACAUUUGUACCUUAAUUUCUAUUAUUUUUUAAAUUCUAAAUUUAUUGUAAAUGAGCAGGUCAUUUGCACUCCUAUCUAGCGUAGGUAGUAAAAUUAAUCAACAUCAAUCAUUGUUGAUAAUAAAUAAUUUUGUGUAGAAUCGUGAACUAUCGUGUCGCAGAAUUCUUAUAUACAUAGCGAUUAGAAGUGUUCUAAUGACAAGUUGACAUUUACAGAGUAAUAAUGCAUAGGUUGAAAAAUUCUAAAUCGGCUUUCUCAUUUAAAUCACACUAUGACAACACGUUUAUAAAACCGAAUCGUUAUCUACUUCGUAUGAAAUCCCGACAGUGAGAAUGACUAAUCCUAAAUAUUUGGUAUAAGGAAUAAGAAUCUGGAGGUAAUCUAGUUUUUCAACUUUCUUGACUCGCAUUUCUCUUGUUUUUAUGGUCUCAUGUUAUCAUUUGUAAUACCUGUUGUAGUCUGAAUUUGUCAAUCCUUCCAAUAAAUCUCAAUAAAUUAAA